UACCAAAUAAGAGAGGCUUGAAGAUGCAGUGGACGCCGGAGCAUGCCCAGUGGCCAGAACAGCACUUUGAUAUCACCUCAACCACUCGGUCUCCUGCCCACAAAGUCGAAGCCUACCGAGGUCAUUUGCAGCGCACCUAUCAGUACGCCUGGGCGAAUGAUGACAUAUCUGCUCUGACUGCAUCCAACCUACUAAAAAAAUAUGCAGAGAAGUAUUCUGGCAUUUUGGAAGGUCCCGUGGACCGACCCGUACUCAGCAACUAUUCAGAUGCACCAUCAGGACUAGUGAACGGGCGGAAAAAUGAAAGUGAACCCUGGCAGCCUUCCUUGAAUUCAGAAGCUGUUUAUCCCAUGAACUGUGUUCCCGAUGUUAUCACUGCCAGCAAAGCUGGAGUCAGUUCAGCCCUCCCUCCAGCAGAUGUCUCUGCAAGUAUAGGGAGCUCUCCUGGGGUAGCCAGCAACCUGACAGAACCUAGCUAUUCAAGUAGCACCUGUGGAAGCCACAGUGUACCGAGUCUUCACGCAGGGCUCCCAUCUCAGGAAUAUGCCCCGGGAUACAACGGAUCGUAUUUGCAUUCUACUUACAGCAGCCAGCCAGCACCUGCACUUCCUUCACCUCAUCCAUCUCCUUUGCAUAGCUCUGGGCUCCUGCAGCCGCCACCGCCACCUCCCCCGCCACCAGCCCUGGUCCCAGGCUACAAUGGGACUUCUAACCUCUCCAGUUACAGCUAUCCCUCCGCUAGCUAUCCUCCUCAGACUGCUGUGGGGUCUGGAUACAGCCCUGGAGGUGCACCCCCUCCUCCUUCAGCAUACCUGCCUUCAGGAAUUCCUGCUCCCACCCCCCUGCCCCCCACUACUGUUCCUGGCUACACCUACCAGGGCCAUGGUUUGACGCCUAUUGCACCAUCGGCUCUGACAAACAGCUCGGCAAGUUCUCUCAAAAGGAAAGCUUUCUAUAUGGCAGGGCAAGGAGAUAUGGACUCCAGUUAUGGAAAUUACAGCUAUGGCCAACAGAGAUCUACACAGAGUCCUAUGUACAGAAUGCCCGACAACAGCAUUUCAAACACAAAUCGGGGGAAUGGCUUUGACAGAAGUGCUGAAACAUCAUCCUUAGCAUUUAAGCCAACAAAGCAGCUAAUGUCCUCUGAACAGCAAAGGAAAUUCAGCAGCCAGUCCAGUCGGGCUCUGACCCCUCCUUCCUACAGUACUGCUAAAAAUUCAUUGGGAUCAAGAUCCAGUGAAUCCUUUGGGAAGUACACGUCGCCAGUAAUGAGUGAGCAUGGGGACGAGCACAGGCAGCUCCUCUCUCACCCAAUGCAAGGCCCUGGACUCCGUGCAGCUACCUCAUCCAACCACUCUGUGGACGAGCAACUGAAGAAUACUGACACGCACCUCAUUGACCUGGUAACCAAUGAGAUUAUCACCCAAGGACCUCCAGUGGACUGGAAUGACAUUGCUGGUCUCGACCUGGUGAAGGCUGUCAUUAAAGAGGAGGUUUUAUGGCCAGUGCUGAGGUCAGAUGCAUUCAGUGGACUGACGGCCUUACCUCGAAGCAUCCUUUUAUUUGGACCUCGGGGAACAGGCAAAACAUUAUUGGGCCGAUGCAUAGCUAGUCAGCUGGGGGCCACAUUUUUCAAAAUUGCCAGUUCUGGACUGGUCGCCAAGUGGUUAGGAGAAGCAGAGAAAAUCAUCCAUGCCUCUUUUCUUGUGGCCAGGUGUCGCCAGCCCUCAGUGAUUUUCGUUAGUGACAUUGAUAUGCUUCUCUCCUCUCAAGUGAGCGAGGAGCACAGUCCAGUCAGUCGGAUGAGAACCGAAUUUCUGAUGCAGCUGGACACUGUACUAACUUCGGCUGAGGACCAAAUCGUAGUAAUUUGUGCCACCAGUAAACCAGAAGAAAUAGAUGAAUCUCUUCGGAGGUACUUCAUGAAACGACUUUUAAUCCCACUUCCCGACAGCACAGCGAGGCACCAGAUAAUAGUACAACUGCUCUCACAGCACAAUUACUGUCUCAAUGACAAGGAGUUUGCACUGCUCGUCCAGCGCACAGAAGGCUUUUCUGGACUCGACGUGGCUCAUUUGUGUCAGGAAGCAGCAGUGGGCCCCCUCCAUGCCAUGCCAGCCACAGACCUUUCAGCCAUUAUGCCCAGCCAGUUGCGGCCCGUUACAUAUCAAGACUUUGAAAAUGCUUUCUGCAAGAUUCAGCCUAGCAUAUCUCAAAAAGAGCUUGAUAUGUAUGUCGAAUGGAACAAAAUGUUUGGUUGCAGUCAGUGAUAACUUCUUUAGGAAAAAAAAAUGUAACGAAUGUUGGC